UAGCUACGCCGCUUCAAACCCCGGAUCCGGAAGCAUCAAGGGGGAAACCACGUGGGUGGAUCGGCGCGAUGGAGACCGAACAGAAGCGCUUCGAUUCUGGCGAUCUCCCUGCGCUGCGCCGGAUCCUGUGUGAGCAGGGACUGCUGUCCCGUCCUGAUGGCUCUGCUUCCUGGAUGCAGGGGGACACUUCAGUACUAGUUGGAGUGUAUGGGCCUACUGAAGUCAAGGUCAGCAAAGAAAUCUAUGAUAAAGCUACCCUGGAAGUGCUUCUGAGGCCCAAAGUGGGUCUACCAGGUGUCUAUGAGAGAAGCCGAGAGCAGAUGAUCAAGAAGACAUGCGAGGCAGUGGUCCUGGGCACCCUUCAUCCCCGUUCCUCUAUUACGGUUGUGCUUCAGGUAGUCACAGAUGCUGGAUCUCUGCUAGCAAGCUGCUUGAAUGCCACCUGUGUGGGUCUGAUGGACGCAGGGCUACCCAUGAAGUCCUUGUUCUGUGGAGUGACGUGUGCUUUGGAUGCAGAUGGCAACAUCACCCUGGACCCCACAGCGAAGCAGGAAAAGGAAGCCCAGUCGGUCCUGACAUUUGCCAUUGACAGCACUGAGAAGAAGGUGUUGAUGUCAAGCACAAAGGGGACGUGUUCAGUGGAGCAGCUCCAGAAAUGCAUUGCCACUUCCCAGCGAGCUUCUGACGCCAUCUUCCAGUUCUAUCGCGAUUCGUCUCACAGGAAAUACUCCAAGUGGUGACUCUUCACAUGCGCAUCCCGCCCCCCGCAAGUGGAACGGAGCAGAGACUUGACCGCUUAAAAAAUGAUGCUACGUGGCGUUGGCUGGAUCAGCGCCGCCUCCCCACCCACCUCCAGCCUUCAUUCUCGCGCAUCCUUUGCUCCAAAAGGAGAGGUGCCGUUUGAUCAGGCUGCCGUUAACAGAGAUUGUGGAACGAGCUGUGGGUUAAGAUGGCAGGAUCCUGAAAAAGCUGGGCCUUCGUUGCCGCGGGUUGCGUGCUGUGCUGUGUGGUGCUCCAUAUCUGCCCUCCCUGAGCACAUGGGCUUCCAGCUCUCUCACAUUUUGAUAAGUGUGUGUCUCCCCCCCCCCCCAAUCCCCAAUAAAAGACAUUGUUUCCGCACAGAUUGCGAGGUGGCUGUCUGUCAGCUUGGCCUAGUUGUGAAGCAAAGUUCUUCCUUUUGGAUCCUCUGCUCUCCGCUUUGCCCAAAAUAGGUGUUUUUUUGUGUGUGUGUGUGGACAUUAAAGAACAUGUUUUCCUUUUCUUUUCUCCCCCGCCCCCGACUGUGCUAUAAACUGUCUUCGCCUACCCUAAUGAGGCAGCGGAGAAAAACCUCUCCUGUUUGAAAUCUGCAGGCACCCGUGUUGCCUGCCAUCUGACGUUUCCCUCAAGCAGUUCAUAGGAAAGUUGGAAGGGACCAGAGGCAGGAAUCUUUCGCCCAACGUGGGGCUUGAACUCAUGACCCUGAGAUUAAGAGCCUCAUGCUGUACUGACCAAGCAUUCCCUUUUGAGUCAGUGACAAGCCAGUGGUUAGAGCAUUGGACUCUGGUUCGAAUCCCCACUCGGCCACGAAGCUCACGGUCGCACACUUUCUCAGCCUCGCCUACCCAGAGUUUUCCCAGAGCGAGGCUCACCCUUUGCACUCCAGGU